CCUUUCCCCCCUUUUCCUCUCCCCCCAUUCCAUGGAAUCAGGGCUGACCUGUUGCUCUCAUCCCUGCUCAGUUUUCACUCACAAUAUCUGACAUUGGAUGCUGCCAAAUUUUGGGAGCUGGAGCCAUUUCCUUCCCAGGAGAAGAGCUCCUGGAGGACCAGGACUCUGUGGUUCUCUCACUGGCUAUCCCAGGAUUUUGGGGAGUUGGGAAUGUUGCAGAUUGUUCAGCAGAGCCUCAGUAAUGGUUUGUUCUUCUCUUUUCCACAGCUGCCUUUUGAUUUUACAUGGAAAAUGCUGAAAGAUAAAUUUAAUGAAUGUGGGCACGUUCUCUACGCCGACAUCAAGAUGGAGAACGGGAAGUCCAAGGGCUGUGGGGUGGUGAGGUUUGAGUCCCCGGAGGUGGCGGAACGCGCCUGCCGGAUGAUGAACGGGAUCCAGCUCCGGGGCCGCGAGAUCGACGUGCGGAUCGACCGCAACGCCUGAGCCUCCUCCUCCUCCUCCUCCCCCUCCUCCUCUCCCUCCUUUUUAUCUCUUUAACACAAAACCAGGGCUUGUUAUUUUUAUUUCCCGAUUUUUAUUUUGGGUUUUUUUUUUUCUCUCUCUCUCUCUCUUUUCUCCUCGUUAACCGUAUGAGUUUUGACUGGAUGUUAAAGGUGUUCAGAAAAAAAAAACAACAACAACAAAAAAAACCACCCAGUUGCUUUCUGGAGUAAAAUUUUAAGUCCUUUUUUUAAACGGGUGAAAUGAGCAUUUUACCGGGUUUUUUGCAUCGGAAUCUGCAACGUGGCACAAUCUUUUUUUGUAGUUGUGGCAUCUCGUUGACAUGACAGAUGUAAACAGUCUGAAUUUGAUAAUAAAGCAAGCGAAAUAUUGCA